AUGACUGGCAACUUGGUGAGGUUUUCAUAAAUCCACGUGCCGUCACAUCUUCCUUGAAUUUCAGCCAUCACUCCGUCUCCUUUUCGUCUCUUUCUCGUGUUUGAUUUUCGCCGAAUUCGUCCUUUUCGCUGUCUGGCAGCUCUCUCUUCAGGACGUUUUCCAUUCGAUCGUUCUCCGUUUCAAUUUUGAGCGCUACCGAAUCGCCCUCACUUUCAUACCGCUCAUUUGCAUCAUCGGCCUCAUGAUUCUCAAUUCGCACUUCUUCAAAGUCACCAAAAUGACGCACAGUGGACUUGGCACUCUUGACACUAAAGAUGACAGCAGUUUCAUGCGUAUGUAGAAAAACCUUGAAGUACUGUAUUCAUGAUUUUGUUUAGCAAUCAAGGAAAGGAUUCAGAAGACUUUGAAUUCGGUGAAGUGCGAGUUUGGAAAGCAUUUAUUGAGAAAACUCGAUCAAGUGCAAAUCGAGAAGUUCUUGAAUGCGUUCAUGCAAGAAACUGUUAACGGGACCGUCUACGGAAGUGUUUAUGUGAGGAAAAAAUGUAUCGAAAUCACAAAAAUUGAGAAUAUUCAGAACAACUUCACGGGACACAUUCAAAACCAUUCCUCGAAGUCGGAACAAUGCGAGCAGUUGAAAAGAGAGAUGGCGUCAGCAGUUCGUGAAAAGGAAGAAAACUGGGAAAUCGGAGACGAAAUCAGGAAACUCGGAGAAGAAUACGUGAGAAUGACACAGGGCCAAAUGACCGUUUCGUUCGCCGCACUCGGAAAAGCGCUCGGCACAAUUGAAGAGUUCGUGGAGAAAUAUCACACGGAUGUGCUCCAACUUCCUCUUCAAACGGAUAUCGACGCGUUCUACAACUCGGUCGUCGGAAUCUCAGUCGCAUCUGCGGCCAUCAGUGGAGUCUUCUCUUUCCUGCUGAUCACGUCGGUCGUUCUGAGGAGUAGGAAUCUGAUGCAAUGUCUGUAACGAUUCCUUGAUUUUAGGAAAGUGGAUGAUAAUCAUCGCAAACAUCUCCAUAUUCUUGGUCAUCUGUUUCUCUGCCAUUCUGAUCAGCUGCUUUCUACUAAUCAUCAGUUGGAUUUCGUUCAUUCAACUCACUCAAGACGCAUGUCUCAGCUUCCAACUGUUCGGAACUGCGAAGCCAAGUGUGAUAACCGAAAGCGGAUUCACAAACACAAUCAACUACGGAGUGUUACUUCGCAAGUCUUAUGACUACCAUGGCACCUACUUUUCUCGUAUCAAAGAUGAUCUCAGAAGAGACAGAUGUGGGAAUGCGUAGAUGAGCACAAAAUAUGCAUCCAUAGUUUCAGAUGAUAUCCCGAUCGCUCUCGACGGAAAACGAUUGUGGAAACCGAGUGCUCUUUACAAUGAAACGUUGCGGAACGUGACAGAAUAUGCGGAGCAAUACGAUUCGAAUGCGGCGAAUGAGUGCCGGAAUCUGAAACAAUUGUACGAAAACGUCAGAAAUUUGAGUGUUCGUAUUGGGUGCCAAGAGAAAGAGUUUGUGGAAACGAUUCUGAAAAAGUGAGACAUAAUGAUUGACAGAAUAAACUGAAUGAAGUUUCAGGUUUGAGAGCAAAACGAAUGAAAGUUGUCGAGAAUCCGCUGAAGCAGCGAUCCGAAAGCAUCCAAGCGUCGAUGAGAUCCGUUCCAAGUCGUUCGACUUCUGGAAACGCACGCUGAUCCCCAAACGAAGCUACGGAGUCAUCUCGAAGAAAAGGCUCGAAAGGGGCCGCGGCCUCUUCCAAGUCUACCUCGUUUUCAUGAAUCCCGCGAGGAAACUGCGGCCGGACGUUCUCGAACCCUUGUUUGGAAUGGCUCUUUUGAUGCUCGCGAUGGCUCCGAUUCACUUUUUUAUGGCCAUUUACCUCAUGAGCAUUCUUCCUUUGUUGACAACUAAAAAGGAUGUUUCACAGCGCUCACAAUAUCAGAAUCUGUAAGAUUUUUGUCCGUCAUAGAAGGUUUUACGUUCAUUUUCAGAUCGACAGAAGAUACAACAAGCAAUGAAUCCGGAAGUGAAUCAUGA